AUGUCGAACAGUAUCAAGGUCGUGGCGCGGUUCCGCCCGCAGAAUCGCAUUGAACUCGAGCAGGGCGGCCUGCCGAUCGUCAAGUUCGAGACCGAAGACACCUGCUCACUAGACGUACGUCCGGGGAUGAUGAGGGAAGUAUGCGAAGAUAUGCUGACGAUCUGCACAGUCCAAGGAGGCGACUGGUUCUUUUACCUUUGAUCGUGUGUUUGAUAUGAGCUCGCGGCAAGAAGAUGUAUUCGACUUCUCAAUAAAACCGACCGUGGACGAUAUUUUGAACGGUUACAAUGGAACGGUCUUUGCAUAUGGACAGACGGGAGCGGGAAAGUCCUACACCAUGAUGGGGACGGAUAUUGACGACAUGGAGGGCAGAGGUGUCAUCCCCCGUAUCGUCGAGCAGAUAUUUGCCAGCAUCCUGGCUAGCCCAGGCACCAUCGAAUACACCGUUCGAGUUAGUUAUAUGGAAAUUUACAUGGAAAAGAUUCGAGAUUUACUGGCGCCGCAAAACGAUAACCUACCGGUGCAUGAGGAAAAGAACAGAGGGGUGUAUGUCAAGGGCUUAUUGGAGAUUUAUGUUUCGAGUGUGGCAGAAGUUUAUGAGGUGAUGCGGAGAGGUGGGUCUUCCAGAGCGGUUUCCGCAACGAAUAUGAAUGCCGAAUCUUCGAGAUCCCAUUCGAUAUUCGUUAUUACCAUCACCCAAAAAAAUGUCGAAACCGGCUCAGCGAAAAGCGGUCAACUCUUCUUGGUCGAUUUGGCUGGUAGUGAAAAAGUGGGAAAGACCGGUGCCACUGGACAAACCCUCGAAGAAGCCAAAAAGAUUAACAAGAGUUUGAGUGCUUUGGGAAUGGUCAUUAACAACCUUACGGACGGCAAAUCACAACAUAUUCCAUAUCGAGAUUCGAAACUUACAAGAAUUCUACAGGAAAGUUUGGGAGGGAACAGUCGAACGACACUUAUUAUCAAUUGUUCGCCCAGUAGUUACAACGAUGCGGAAACUCUGAGUACCUUGAAAUUUGGUAUGCGAGCGAAAGCAAUUAAGAACAAGGCCAAGGUCAAUGCCGAAAUCAGUCCUGCAGAACUCAAAGCACUUCUUAAAAAGGCACGAUCCCAAGUUACCACUUUCGAACAAUAUUUUCAAACUUUGGAUGCAGAAGUUCAGCAAUGGCGUGCGGGAGAGGCCGUACCUAAAGAAAAAUGGGCUCCACCUCCUCCGGUAGAAGUAGCGGCAGCUUCCAAAACUAGUACUCGUGGCCCCCCAAGGCCAUCAACUCCGUCAAGGCUAAAUCCCGAAAGUCGAGCAGAAACACCAGGUGCAUCAGAACGUUCAGCCACACCCUCAUUUGCUCUAGAUAAGGAUGAAAGAGAAGAGUUCUUACGGCGUGAAAAUGAGUUACAAGAUCAAAUCGCAGAAAAGGAGUCGCAAAUUGCGGCUGUUGAGAAAACGAUACGAGAUACGAAGGAAGAGCUCAAUUACCUGAAGGAACAUGAUGGCAAAACAAACAAAGAUAACGAGAAGCUUACGGGUGAGGUCAAUGAGGCCAAGAUGCAACUUGAACGUUUGACGUUCGAAAACAAGGAGGCCCAAAUCACAAUGGACGGCCUCAAGGAAGCAAAUGCGGAACUGACAGCCGAACUUGAUGAGGUCAAACAGCAAUUGUUAGAUGUCAAGAUGAGUGCGAAAGAAACGAACGCAGUUUUGGACGAGAAAGAGAAGAAGAAGGCAGAGAAGAUGGCCAAGAUGAUGGCCGGAUUCGAUCUCGGAGCAGAUGUUUUCAGUGAUAACGAGCAGGCCAUAAAGCUGGCUAUUGAACAGGUAGAGGCACUUCAUGUUCAGAGUUCUGCGGGAGAAGCAAUCGCACCACAAGAGUUGAACGAUAUCAAAUCAAAGUUGAUAGAGACACAAGGAAUCGUUCGACAAGCUGAAUUAUCCCUUUACGGCAAUGCUUCAGAUGAAAUGAGCGCCAAGCGAAGAGAGGAGCUUGAGGCUCGUCUUGAAGCUGUUGAGAAAGAUUAUGUUGAUCUCCUUGAGAGAAACCUUACUGAGGAAGAUAUUACUGAGGUGAAGGAGAAACUCGCGGCAGCUUACUUGAACAAGCAGGAUGCUUCAUCCGAGCUUGUUCAAGAACUGAAGGCAGAGUUGACCCAAAAGUCUUCCGAAAUUCAAAAAUUCAAGGCCGUCAACGAAGACCUGCAACGACGAGUCAAGACUGGAGCUGUUGCAAAUGGGACACCUGGAAUCCCCAAUGGCAAGACAGUGCAACAACAAAUUGCAGAAUUUGAUGUUAUGAAGAAGAGUCUGAUGCGCGACCUCCAAAACAGAUGCGAGAGGGUGGUUGAGUUGGAGAUCUCAUUAGAUGAGACCAGAGAGCAGUACAACAACGUACUCCGAUCAUCCAACAACCGAGCUCAGCAAAAGAAGAUGGCAUUCUUGGAGCGAAACCUCGAGCAAUUGACUCAUGUCCAACGACAGUUGGUCGAGCAAAAUGGCAGCUUGAAAAAGGAAGUUGCCAUCGCUGAGCGAAAACUCAUUGCCAGAAACGAGCGUAUCCAAUCUCUCGAGUCCUUACUCCAAGAUUCCCAAGAGAAGCUCACAGCCGCAAAUCACAGGCACGUCUCCCCCCCUCCACCUUCCUUUCUGUCACUACUAACACAAUUCUAGAUUCGAGGUCCAACUCGGAGCCGUCAAGGAACGUCUGGAAGCCGCCAAAGCAGGUAGCACACGCGGACUCGGAGAUGCCAAUGGGAAUUUCUCCUUCACGGGCGCGGGAAGCCGGAUUGCGAAGCCGCUGAGGGGAGGAGGAGCGGCGGAGAACGCACCGAUUCCUGUGAUUAGUGGAUUGCAGAACGAGGCGAGUGGGAAUAAGAGGAGUUCUUGGUUCUUUUCGGGAGGACAGAAAUAA